GCUCCGCGCUUCGUCCCGCGCGCCCCCAACGGCCUCGCAACUGCCUGCCAGGCCCGAGGUCGCCAUGAGGAUCCCGCGCUGCGCCCCGCUGCUGCUCCUGCUGCUGCUGCCGCUGCUGCUGCUCACGCUCCCCGCCGGGGACGCCGCCGUCAUCACCGGGGCCUGCGACAAAGACCCCCAGUGUGGUGGAGGCAUGUGCUGUGCUGUUAGUAUCUGGGUUAAGAGCAUACGGAUUUGCACACCGAUGGGCAAAGUGGGAGACAGCUGUCAUCCGAUGACUCGCAAAGUUCCAUUUUUCGGGCGGAGAAUGCAUCACACGUGUCCAUGCAUGCCUGGUUUAGCCUGUUCACGGACUUCAUUUAAUCGAUUUGUUUGUUUAGCUCGAAAGUAAUCACCUUAGAGGAGAAGCUUUAAAUGUGAACAGCCACACGGUGUCUGUAAAGUCUACUUACCUGUGAUUGUGCCAAACAAAUAAUAUGCCAGAAAGAAACGCUAUUGCUUCCUCAACUUUUCCAAGUAACAUUUCCGUCUUUGAUUUUUAAAUGAUGUUCUACUUUUUUUUUUAUUUGAAAAGGGAUUUAUCUUUUGGAUAGAAAUGUUAAGUGCAGGGUAUUAUGGAACGAGUUCUCAUUUCCCUGUUUGUGUUUUGGUUUGGCCUUUAAAAUGCCAGUAAUUCACCCAUUUUCACUAAAAUACAAAUGGGAAUUUGAUAUUUUGUUACAGAAAUUUUUUUUUUCCUUGAACACCCCCUACUCCCUGCCCUGCCCCACCGUACAACACACACACCACGCACACCUUGGUCUCUUUCCCUCACUCCUCUCAUUUUAUUGUUUGGGAUUACCAUCCCCGGCUUUCUAGCAUUUUAAAAUCGGGGUCUGCAUCCUUGAGUUUGCUGGCAGAAUCACUGAUGAAAAUCAAGCUUUUUGCCAAUACCUAAACAGUGAAGAGAAUGUAUAGUUGAACCAAACACCCCAAACGUCUCUUAUAUGGAGUGGAGAUGGGGUGCUUCUGACUUUGACUGAACCCGCCUGUGCACAUGGGUUUCAGGUCUGCUGUUUGACUAGUGGGAGGACAGAAACAAUGGAAAGUUAAAGUAAUUUAGUCCAGAUUUCUAGAUUUGGGAUUUUUUUUAAAAAGACCUUUCCAAUACAAUAUAUUUAUUUCUUUUUAUCAAGUUAAUUUUUUUAUGACAGUCUGCUAGUUAGAGAUGUUCUAAAAAAUGUCACUUGAAGAGGCAGUAUUGAUUUUAAUCUGGCAUCACACUAGUUACCAUUUUGAAAUCAUUAUAAGCUGUCUUUGGAACUUUAUUUGUAACCCAAAGGUCUAUUGUAAUGGAUUGCCCGACAUCCUGCCGUUUGUACCUGUAUCAAUAUUGCUGUGUGAAAAUUCUGUAUCAGAAUAAUGACAGUACUGUAUAUCAUUUGAUUUAUUUUUCAUAUUAUAUCCUUAUUUUUGUCACAGUUGUCAGUUUUUAUUACAAGCCAAUUUCUAUGUAGCCCACAGUUGAAAAUGGGUAAAGACUCCACAGUUGGUAUUACAGCACUAACAGUGUGUACAUUUUCAGUUUACAUCCAGGAAGGUUCUGUUUGCAUGAAUUUUAAGGUAGUACAAAAAUAAUGUAUAAAUCAGUGAGGUUUUGGAGCAUGAAAAUUGUGACAUGCGAAAGUGACUGGAAUCAGGAAUGAACCCAUGGGAUUUCACUGUCUUGGUUCAGCAAAUUGUUAUGGGGUGUUGAUCAUGGGUGGUUAGGCAAGGUGCUAGGUGCUAGCCCUCCGACACUGCCAGUGUAGCCUGGCCUUGAAAAACCCACCAAGUAUUGUAAAUGGAUUCAACGUUGCAAAUAAACAACUUCUGAAAUGCAUUUC